CUUUCACUACGUUUCUCUUCUGCUUCGAAAUCAAGAAUAAUCAAAUCACAAUCAAAACUCCAAUAUUCAUUGCAAACCCGUAAACACAAAUCAGCAUUAAUCCCAGAAAAAAAAAAGCUACGACUCCUUCAAUCAUGAAUUCCUAAUACCGAAAUCUCGUUCUUCUUCCUGUUUUAAGAAACAGAAGAAGAAAGUUUUUGAAUUUGCAAUUCAAGAUAUCGACUCAAUUUAGCAAACCCAGUUUGUCGGGUGUUGUUUCUUCCCCUGAGAAAAUGGCGGGGGGAACUUCUUCCAUCAUGGAAACUCUCUUCCAACGCACUCUGGAUGACAUGAUCAAAGGCCUCCGCCUCCAACUCAUCGGCGAGUCCGCCUUCGUCUCUAAGGCCCUCGACGAGAUCCGCCGCGAGGUCAAGUCCACCGACCCCUCCACCAAAUCCACCGCCCUCCACAAGCUGUCCUACCUCGCCUCCCUCCACUUCCACGACAUGUCCUGGGCCGCCUUUCACGUCGUCGAGGUCAUGUCCUCCUCCCGCUUCUCGUACAAGAGGAUCGGCUACCACGCCGCCUCCCUCUCCUUCAACGAUGACACCCCCGUACUCCUCCUCAUCACCAACCAGCUCCGCAAGGAUCUCGGUAGCACCAACGAGUUCGAGGUAAGCCUUGCCCUCGAAUGCCUCUCGAGAAUUGCCACUGCUGAUCUUGCUAGAGAUUUAACCCCCGAGAUAUUCACUUUGCUGUCGACUACUAAGCUUUUCGUUAGGAAGAAAGCCAUUGGCGUCGUUUUGAGGUUGUUUGCCAAAUACCCAGAUGCCGUGAGAGUUUGUUUUAAGCGUUUGGUUGAGAAUUUAGAUAGUUCAGACCCACAGAUUUUGUCUGCGGUCGUCAGUGUCUUUUGCGAACUCGCUUCCCGAGACCCUGGAUCGUAUCUUCCUUUGGCGCCGGAGUUUUACAGGAUAUUAGUUGAUUCUAAGAAUAAUUGGGUCUUGAUUAAGGUGUUGAAGAUUUUUGCCAAGUUGGCUCCAUUAGAGCCAAGGUUAGCUAAGAGGGUGGUUGAGCCCAUAUGCGAUCAUCUGAGGAGGACUGGAGCAAAGUCAUUGAUGUUUGAGUGUGUUAGGACUGUGGUGAGUAGUUUCAGCGAGUAUGAAUCCGCCGCGAAGCUUGCAGUAGUGAAGAUUAGGGAAUUGCUGGUCGAUGAUGACCCGAAUCUUAAAUAUCUUGGAUUGCAGGCGCUUUCAAUUGUUGCGCCAAAGCACUUGUGGGCAGUGCUGGAGAACAAGGAGUUUGUGAUUAAGUCGUUGAGUGAUGGGGAUCCUAAUAUCAAGACUGAGUCCUUGCGUCUUGUGAUGGCAAUGGUUUCCGAGACUAAUGUGGUGGAAAUUGCUCGGGUUUUGGUGAAUUAUUCUCUUAAAUCUGACCCAGAAUUUUGCAAUGAGAUUCUGGGAUCCAUUUUAUCCACAUGUUCUAGAAAUGUGUAUGAGAUAAUUAUUGACUUUGAUUGGUAUGUGUCGCUUAUUGGAGAAAUGUCAAGGAUUCCACAUUGUCAAAAGGGGGAUGAAAUUGAGAAUCAGCUAAUUGAUAUUGGUAUGAGGGUCCAGGAUGUUAGACCCAAGCUUGUUCGGGUUGCUCGUGAUCUGCUGAUCGAUCCUGCAUUACUUGGUAACCCUUUCUUGCAUAAAAUAUUAUCUGCGGCUGCUUGGGUUUCGGGGGAGUAUGUUGAGUUCUCGAGGAACCCAUUCGAACUUAUGCAGGCAAUAUUUCAACCUCGUACCAGUCUCUUGCCACUGUCAGUAAUGGCAGUUUAUAUCCAUUCUGCUUUUAAAGUAUUAAUCUUUUGUUUGCAUUGUUACAUCUUGCAAAGGGAGAGUAUUACAUCCUCAUGUCCUGAAAAUUUGGUGCUCGGGGUUUCAGAAUCAGUUUUGAAAAGGGAAAUGCCAGAGGAUUCUGGUUUGAUUCGGACAACAUGUGAAGCUCUUCCUGUUCAAGGUGAUAAAGGGUUCAACCGAAGGGCUUCAAAUCAGUCAUCUGAAGUUUUUUCUGUGGAAAAUGGUGGGGAUAGAACCAUUAAUCAUGGUCAGACAUCCACACCUAAUUUUUCAGAGAAGAGCAGUUUCACAUAUGAAUCUAUCGUUAAGCUGAUAAAUCUAGUUGAAUUGGCUAUGGGCCCAUGUAUGGGCAGCCAUGAUGUAGAAGUGCUGGAGAGAGCACGGAAUCUAUUAUGUUUCAUUGAGGUGAUUAAAGGAGAAAUAACUGAAUGCUUAGAGCAUAAGGAGAAAAAAAAGGAAAGUGAAGAGAUGAAAGCUUCUGAAAUCAUCAAACUGAUGUCUGAUGCCUUUUCCGAGGAGCUCGGUCCAGUCUCACUUAGUGCUCAGAAAAGGGUUCCUAUACCAGAAGGAUUAGAGCUGAAGGAAAGUCUUGAUGACUUGGGAACAAUCUGUGCUGAUAUUCAAGUGCCUCCGUCAAAUGACUCAAAUUUAUUUUCUCUUGGAAGUCCCUAUAAUGGGGAGGAGGUUGGUGUUUCUGCCUCUGAACUUGAGAGCAAAGAAGAGUCAGAGCCAUCUAAUGAGGCCACAGCACUGCUUACAGAUCACCGUAAGCGACAUGGGUUAUACUAUCUUCCUUCGGAGAAAAAUGAAAUUGUACCAAAUGAUUAUCCACCCGCCAAUGACCCUAAGCUGAGGGAUAAUCUUAAUAAUGACACUGAAGAUCUAGUUAAGCUUACAGAGCAGUCACUUGUUACCAACAAAAAGCCAAACCAUGCAAAGCCUAGGCCUGUAGUGGUGAAAUUGGAUGAAAGAGAUGUAGUAACUAUUACAGCCAAAAGGCCAGAGCCAAACGAUAAUUUGCUAUCUGGUGCUGUGCGGGAAGUUCUUUUAGGAAGUGAUACCCGGACCACUACAUCACAACAUAACCCACCUGAUAAGGCAUCCAGUAAGAGAAAAGGGAAGGAAAAGCUAAAUGUUGAUCCUUCUUCCAAACUGAAAGAAGAUUUGGGUGAUUCAGAAAAGCCUGACCAUGAAAAUCCAAGUUCAAGAAGAAGCAAACACCGUACUCAUGGAAAAGAGAGAAGACAGAAGAGUCCAAGUAAGCCUGCUGAGGAAAGGGAAAACAAUGGUCAGAAAGGGAAGCAAAAGAGUAGUCAUCGUGCGAGGCACAAAGCUCAGGAAAGAGCUGAUGCGCCCUUGAAUGCUGUUUCGCAGACACCAGUAAUUCCAGAUUUUCUUUUGUAGCAUUAAAGAUCCUUCUUCAUGAGUUGCCAUCAGAUGCAGCUGAGAACAUUAUUGUUCCCUGUAUUCGAUCACUUUGAAUCAUAAGAGAGCGAGAGAGGUUCAGUUUCAAAUUCUUGCUUUGCUUUCAUGAUCAGGCCUUACCCAGUUACUGAAGAUUCGGUAGAUGAUGCCACAUGUAUUUCACAGUUAUUCUUACCUUAUCCAAAAAUCGUAAUCUCACUUUUCUUUUUCUUUUUCUUUUUCAUAUGGCUAAAUCCAGUCACUUGGGGUCAAGGCAUGGUUGAAUUAAGUUGAGUUGGACCCAGUUUGCUUUAGCAGGGAUAACUAACUGUGGUGUUCCUGGCUUCAAAUUAAUGAAUAGCCAAGCCGGAGCUACAUUUUGUUGAUGUUUUAGGACCUUUUCAGAGAUACUAACUUGACAUAACCUUCGUCCUAAACAUGUCAACAAUACUAUUAGGAAUUUGUUACUCAUGCAGAACAUAACGCACUUAAUAAUUUACAUGUGGUUACCCCUAGGGGUUGGCUCAAGUGGUAAAGGCCUUUGGCUUGGGGGUAUGCUCCCCCAGGUCUAAGUUUCAAAUCCCCUUAGGUGCAAACAAUCUCUAGGGGCCAUCGGAUUGAGGGAUUUUCUCCUUGAAUUGCCCGAGGUGCACUUGCGGGAAACUCCUUGCCGAGGGCCUAUGCACUCCCGGGAUUAGUCAGGACGUUGUUCCCGGACACCCGGUGCCAAU